UCUUUGUGGAUUUCUACAUUUGCUUGGGGUUAUUUAUUUUUGUCUAAAAUGUCCUGGCACUUGGUAAAGUUCAUGACGCCGUUGACCUUAAGGACCCCAGGAUCAGUGGAAGCAAAAUAACAACAUAACAUCAAGGAUCCACCGUCAUAUCUUACGAUGAGUUCCAUCAUGGUGCGUACAGUAGCAGUGAUCGGGGCGGGUCCCUCAGGUCUGACCAGCAUCAAGAGCUGUCUGGAUGAGGGUCUGGAGCCCACCUGCUUCGAGAGCAGUGAAGACAUCGGGGGACUGUGGAGGUUCAAGGAGCGUCCAGACCCAGGAAGGGCCAACAUCUACGAGUCUGUCAUCAUCAACAGCUCCAAGGAGAUGAUGUCAUACAGCGAUUUCCCUCCUCCUGCUCACCUGCCCAACAACAUGCACCACUCCCAGCUGCUGAGCUACCUACGACUUUAUGCUCAGACCUUUGACCUCUUCAAGCACAUCUACUUCCAGACCACUGUGGUGAGUGUGCGUCAGAGGCCAGACUUCCCAGUGUCAGGCCAGUGGGAGGUGGAGACAGAGAGGAGAGAAGGUCAGAAGGAGACUCAGGUCUUUGAUGCUGUGAUGGUCUGCACCGGUCACUUUACACAACCACACUUGCCUCUCAAUGACUUCCCAGGUAUAGAGGAGUUUGAGGGCAGGUACUUUCAUAGUUGGGAAUACCGCAGUGCUGAGGGGUUGCAGGGGAAGAGGGUGGUGGUAGUUGGGAUUGGGAAUUCUGGAGGUGACAUCGCUGUGGAUGCAAGCAGAGUAGCAGAGCAGGUGUACCUCAGCACGCGGAAAGGGGCGUGGGUGGUCAGCAGGGUGGGGGCGGGGGGACUGCCAGGUGACCUGGUGGGCACUUCAAGAUUGAACAGGCUAGUGCAGAAACUCUUCCCCUCCUGGAUUACCAGGAUGAUGGAGAAGAAACUGAACAGAACCUUCGACCACAGACUGUACGGCCUACAGCCAAAACACAGGUUCUUUGCCCAGAUCCCGGUGGUGAAUGAUGAUCUACCUGGCCGAAUCAUCUCUGGUCGUGUUCUGGUCAAACCUAACAUCAGGGAGAUCAAAGGCUCCAGUGUGGUGUUUGAGGACGGGAGCGUCGUGGAAAAGGUGGAUGUUGUGGUGUUUGCCACCGGUUACAACUAUGACUUUCCUUUCCUGCCUUCGGGUCUGCUGGCUAAUGGUGGUCACCGCCUGUGUCUGUACCGUCAUGUGUUCCCCCCGGGGCUGGCUCGGCCCAGUCUGGCUGUAGUGGGCUUCAUCUGUAACCUGGGAGCCAUCAACCCUCUGGCUGAGAUGCAGGCCCGCUGGGCCACCCAGGUCUUUAAAGGGUUACUAACACUGCCCUCAGAAGAAGCCAUGCUUCAGGACGUAAAGAGAGACACCAGCACCUUGCAAAACAGGUUUGCCUGUUUGGAGCGUCACCCUCUCCAGGUGGACCAUAUCCCCUACAUGGACUCCAUGGCAGAGGAGUUGGGGGUUCGUCCUAAUCUCCUAGGGCUGCUGUUGAGGGAGCCUGGUGUGGGGCUGUGUGUGCUGCUGGGGCCCUGCACCCCGUACCAGUACCGUCUGAGAGGGCCAGGACAGUGGGACGGAGCCCGACAGGCCAUCCUCACCCAGUGGGAGCGUGUAGCCCAGCCCUUCAGGACCAGGAUGCCCCCACAACCAGAGAGCAGAACCAGAGCCUCCUCUAGUCUGAUACUGAUACUGACUCUGUCUGGCACUGUUCUCCUACUAACAACCUUCUAUACCAGACACAGUGUCUCAUCACUCCCCACAGGCCUCCUCUAUAAGAUGUACAGUCUACCUGAGAUCAUAUGGGGGUGGAAAUGAACACUAUGGGCCUAUUGCAUCCACUGUUGGCCACCAUCGCCUGCACAGCUGAUCUUAAUUGCUUCCAAAAUGUACUGUUCUCUAAAAGCCGAGCUACAUGUGACGUCACUGUAACUUAGCCUUGCUUUAUCCAAACAUUUUCCAAGACAUGUUCGCACUCUACAGGCUAUUUAUUAUCUUCGGUAGAAAUAAAACCUAGUAACCGAGCAGACUAAGGGGUGAUUGAACUAUUUCACAAUCAUUCAGUGCAACUAAAAUAAAGCAAUUUCUUGUUUAAGACAGAAAUGAUACUGUGGCAAUAUCAGGGUCCUGGGGCCCCCCUGGGUGCAUGUUUUAAUUUUUGUCCUAGCACUACACAGCUGAUUCAAAUAAUCAAAGCUUGAUGAUGAGU